AAUGAUUUAUUUGUAUUGUUAGGAUUAAAAUAAGAACCUUACUGAGACUACACACAAACGGCUCAAAAGGCUCGUUGUUGCUUGUGUAAAUGCUAUAAGUCUGUCCGCAAUGUCCGUGUCGUGUAAAACCGUGCUUCACUUACUAUUCUACCCACUAAUUACCCCAAAUCUAAGCAGCUUAUGGUUCUAUACCGUGCGGUGUGUGCGCGCGUUGCCAUGGAAAUGGUUACCAGUGCCGCCAACCAAAACACACAACAGAGGGUUUGCAUCGUGUUUUUGUUCGUGUUUCGAGAGAGUUAGUUUUGUGUCGUCCUGAUCUAUUGUUGUUUGUCCUUGUGCUCCCUACUCACGCCUUGGAAUGCUGGAACUACAGCUAACAUCCGGUGAGAGUGAAAAUUUCUUCCAUCUAACCGUUACGGGCCAGCUCGAGUCGGCCUACUUCCCGAUGGGUCCGGACGGCAGUGGACUGUUCUGUCGGUACGAUCUGGUGGCCGGUCCGGAUUGGGAGCUAGUGUCCGGGCUGCGGUCCGCCGUUACCCAGAGUGCACGCACGGAAUCCGACUACCGGACGGUGGUGUUUAAUAUGCCGAUAGAGUUUACGAUGAAAUCCACCAACCCGUACGGUUGGCCCCAGAUCGUCUUCAGCCUGUACGGUGCGAACAUCUGGAACGUGGAAACCAACCGUGGCUAUGCACGGGUUCACUGUCCACUGAGCGGUGGUGGCAACGGUACGUCGGCGGAACGUACCCUACGGGCACCACUCUUCAUCCCGAAGUACUCCAACAUGUGUUCCGCGGCGAUGAGCUGGAUCAGUGGCGUUAAUCCGGAAAUGCGCGAUCCAAAGAUACUGACCGACGGCUCCAAACACAAGGGUCUCGCGUGCGAGACCUACGGUGAGCUGGUGGUACGAUUGCAGACCAUUUCGCGCGGCACCACCCAGAUGGCGCUCGACUGGGGCCAAACGACGAACGUGGACGACCGGUACUGAGUGAGGAGCCGCUUAGCACUGCAACAGCGAAUUUGAAUAAAGGCACACGCACGCACUUAACACGCUA